AUGUCAAACAUUGACUUCAAGAGACUUGAGUUCUUCCGCAGCAUCCUGAGCGGCUGCAGCAUCGGCCUGUUCUGUAAUAACUCCCACCUAAAUUUCCACAACAUAAGUUAUGACAAUGGGCUGGAGAGUCUUGAUGAUGGAUCCCCCUGGUUACGAAUCAUCAUCUCCGUCGUGUACUUCGUCGUGGCUACUGCCGGAGUGUUGGGGAACUUGUUGGUGAUGUUCCUGCUUUAUUCCACACACACCAUCAACACUGGCACCAUCAAUUUCUUUGUGUUCAACCUAGCCUUGGCCCACCUGCUCUUCUCCCUGGCCUUGCCGUUUUGGGCCGUGGACAUUGCGCUGGACUACAGCUGGCCUUUUAGCUUGGCCACGUGCAAGGCCGUGUCCUUACUCACUGGACUGAAUGUCUUUGCUAGCUGCUUCUUCCUCACAGCUAUGAGUUUGACCCGUUACUGCUUCGUGGCGACUGCUCUCAAACCCAGAGCCUCCCUGUGCAGAAGAUCCUGCACUUCUCCGGUGGCCACAGCCUUUAUCUGGGCCGGAGCACUGAUAGCGGCAGUGCCCCGAGCUGUGUUUGCUGACCUGAGCCUCGUGGGCAGUGGCAACGACACAGCGUGCCUGCUCCGUUUCCCAGAUGGCACAGCCUGGCUCGGAAUAAACCAGCUCCUGCGCAUGGUGCUGGGUUUUCUGCUGCCCUACACCAUCAUAGUCCUAUCAUACCUGCUUCUGCUGCGCUUCCUCUGUCGCCACAAACUGAAAGGUUCUCGGCGAAAGUCUGACAUUUCAAAGUCUGUGGCGGUGGUGGUGCUUUCGUUUUGCGUCUGCUGGUUCCCGUACAAUGUCCUCACGCUUUGGGGUGUCCUGAUCCAACUCGACAUCGUUGAUAUCAGCUCUUCGUUCUACUCGGCUCAAACAUACUUUUUCCCUCUGGCUAACUGCUUGGCCUUCACCAGCAGCUGCUUCAACCCUGUCAUCUACUGCCUGGUUAGAAAAGAAUACCGCUUGGCGCUCCACAACGUGCUCCUCAAGUUGAGUCUGGCCAUUGUGUCCAAGGUGUCAUCGGCACAAGCUGGGCAAGUGGCUGUUCCUCUCAACACAUACAGCCACACAACUCCAUCUGACACAAAGACACACAAACCAGUGUCAACACUCCCAACUGCAGUGUCCACUAUGUAA